UUGCGAGUAACAACGUCGAUCUUCUCCCGAAGACAAGUCGCGCGAGGAUGCCCCCCCAACCGAGCGGAAAAGCAGUGAAGAAGGCGGGCAAGGCACAGAAAAAUGUGCGUGCCACCGACAAGAAGAAGAAGAGGCGCAAGAGGAAGGAGAGCUUCAGCAUCUACAUCUACAAGGUGCUCAAACAGGUCCAUCCCGACACCGGAGUGUCCAGCAAGGCCAUGUCGAUCAUGAACAGCUUCGUGAACGACAUCUUCGAGCGCAUCGCAGCAGAGUCGUCUCGGCUGGCUCACUACAACAAGCGCUCGACCAUCACGAGUCGGGAGAUCCAGACAGCUGUGAGGCUCCUGCUGCCGGGUGAACUGGCAAAGCAUGCGGUGUCCGAGGGCACCAAGGCUGUCACCAAGUACACCAGUUCCAAGUAACACCCAGGAGCUAUCUCCCUGCUGUAUGUACAAACGGCCCUUUUGAGGGCCAUACUCA